AGUGGACUGGACUUCACUGGAGGGAGUCAUUUUGCUGGGGAAGUGGAGUAACUGUGGUUGUUUUCUCACUCUGCUGGCUGGAACGUGCUGUGCAUUGUCAGGAUUAAGCCGACACUCAAGACUGGGAUGGGCCUUGGGAACAAACACUCCCUGAUUUCUUCUGACUUUGGAAUUUGUCUAUAGCCAAUCAACUACGUCACACAUCAGAUUUUGGUUUUUCGCUGCCUGAGAAAGGUUAUGCUAUUUUUGAAUAGUUUUUUAUUUUAUUAAUAAUUUUCAUUUUCUUUGACUCAUUUUUCUACUGGUUGUGGGGAAAAAAAGAGUCUUGCUGAUGUUGAUUUAAAUAAUGUCGAAACCAAUGGGACUCCUAUGGCUGCCUUUGAUCUUCACUCCAGUGUGUGUCAUGCUGAAUUCCAACUUCCUCCUAUGGAUAACUGCACUGGCUAUAAGAUUUACUCUCAUUGAUGGCCAAGCACAGUACCCAGUGGUUACCACAAAUUACGGCAAAAUACGUGGUUUAAGAACACCUUUGCCCAAUGAAAUCCUUGGUCCAGUGGAACAGUAUCUGGGUGUUCCUUAUGCCUCUCCUCCAACUGGGGAAAGGCGAUUUCAGCCCCCAGAGCCACCAUCAUCUUGGACAGGUGUCCGUAAUGCCACACAGUUUGCUGCUGUCUGCCCACAGUACCUGGAUGAGAGGUCAUUGCUCAACGACAUGCUGCCAGUCUGGUUUACAGCCAAUCUGGAUACUGUGGUGACAUAUGUUCAAGAUCAAAAUGAAGACUGCCUGUAUUUGAAUAUCUAUGUGCCCACAGAAGAUGGAGCCAACACAAAGAAAAGCGCAGAUGAUAUAACCAGUAAUGAUCGUGGUGAAGAUGAAGACAUUCAUGAUCAGAACAGCAAGAAACCAGUUAUGGUCUACAUCCAUGGCGGAUCUUACAUGGAGGGUACUGGCAACAUGAUUGAUGGGAGCAUUCUUGCAAGUUAUGGAAAUGUCAUUGUUGUCACCCUCAAUUACAGGCUGGGGGUUUUAGGUUUUUUAAGUACUGGGGACCAAGCUGCAAAAGGCAAUUACGGAUUGCUUGACCAAAUCCAAGCUUUGCGUUGGAUUGAAGAAAAUAUUGGAUCUUUUGGAGGAGACCCAAAAAGAGUUACUAUUUUUGGAUCUGGGGCAGGAGCUUCCUGUGUCAGUCUUCUGACACUCUCUCACUAUUCAGAAGGUUUGUUCCAAAAGGCAAUCAUACAGAGUGGAACAGCCCUGUCCAGCUGGGCAGUGAACUAUCAGCCUGCCAAGUACACUCGGAUAUUGGCAGAUAAAGUCGGCUGCGACAUGCUGGAUACCACUGAUUUGGUUGAAUGCCUUAGGAAUAAGAACUACAAAGAACUCAUUCAACAGACCAUCACUCCAGCCACGUACCACAUUGCCUUUGGCCCUGUGAUAGAUGGAGAUGUGAUUCCAGAUGACCCUCAGAUUCUCAUGGAGCAAGGCGAAUUCCUUAACUAUGAUAUAAUGCUGGGUGUGAAUCAAGGGGAAGGUUUAAAAUUUGUGGAUGGCAUUGUAGACAAUGAAGAUGGUGUUUCUCCCAAUGAUUUUGACUUUUCUGUCUCCAAUUUUGUGGACAAUCUAUAUGGUUAUCCAGAAGGAAAAGAUACACUCCGAGAGACCAUUAAAUUCAUGUAUACGGACUGGGCAGACAAGGAAAACCCUGAAACAAGACGAAAGACCCUGGUAGCACUUUUUACUGACCACCAGUGGGUUGCUCCUGCUGUUGCCACUGCUGAUCUGCAUGCCCAGUAUGGAUCUCCAACAUAUUUCUAUGCAUUUUAUCACCACUGCCAAAGUGAAAUGAAACCAAGCUGGGCUGAUUCAGCUCAUGGUGAUGAAGUCCCUUAUGUGUUUGGCAUUCCUAUGAUUGGCCCAACAGAAUUGUUCAACUGUAACUUUUCCAAGAAUGAUGUCAUGCUCAGUGCAGUUGUUAUGACAUACUGGACAAACUUCGCCAAAACUGGAGAUCCAAACCAGCCUGUUCCACAAGACACAAAGUUCAUCCACACAAAACCAAACCGCUUUGAAGAAGUAGCCUGGUCCAAAUACAAUCCUAAAGAUCAGCUUUAUCUGCAUAUUGGCCUGAAACCCCGAGUUCGUGAUCACUACCGAGCAACAAAAGUUGCUUUCUGGUUGGAGCUUGUGCCACACCUUCACAACCUGAAUGAAAUUUUUCAGUAUGUUUCCACAACAACUAAAGUACCCCCUCCUGACAUGACAUCAUUUCCUUAUGUUACCCGACGCUCUCCUGGUAAAUUAUGGCCAGCCACCAAACGCCCAGCAAUGACACCUGCCAACAAUCCCAAACAUUCAAAAGACACUCAUAAAACAGCUCCUGAGGAUACAACAGUUCUGAUAGAAAACAAGCGAGAUUACUCCACUGAGCUGAGCGUCACCAUUGCUGUGGGAGCAUCCUUGCUGUUCCUCAAUAUUUUAGCUUUUGCUGCACUAUAUUACAAGAAAGACAAGCGGCGUCACGAGACUCACAGGCGCCCUAGCCCCCAGAGGAACACAACCAAUGAUAUCGCACACAUACAAAAUGAAGAGAUUAUGUCAUUGCAGAUGAAACAGCUGGAACAUGACCAUGAGUGUGAAUCACUGCAGGCCCAUGACACGCUGAGACUAACCUGUCCACCUGACUACACGCUUACUUUGAGAAGGUCUCCAGACGACAUUCCACUCAUGACUCCCAACACCAUAACCAUGAUCCCAAAUACAUUAACAGGAAUGCAGCCUUUGCAUACUUUCAACACCUUCAGUGGAGGACAAAACAGUACGAAUUUGCCCCAUGGACAUUCAACUACUAGGGUAUAGCUCAGCCCUUCCCCCUCACAAGCCACCUGGAAGAAAGAAAGGAAAAAAAAAAAAAAAAGAAGAGAAAAAAGUUAUAAUACCAUUCAUUGAAUACCUUGUCCAAAUAUUAAGUAAAAACAAGUAAAAGAGAAGGACAGACAUUAUUUUCUUACUGUUCCUUCCCAAAGAAACUCUCUGAUGUUAAAGAUCAACUAAAAACCCUGUGAAAUGUGAAAAGUGUACAUUGCUGUUACAAUACUGCUUUAAGAUCUCAACCCCUUUAAUUGAAAGUUGAGGCCAGAAGAAGUCACUUAAAAUGAUGUUUUGAGCAUAUCGAGCAAAGCAGACUCUUCUGGAACACGAAGCCACUGACUGUACAGAUGUUCUGGUUUUGGUUUUUUGUUUUUUGGUUUUGUUUUUGGUUUGGGUUUUUUUUGUUUGUUUGUUUGGUUUCUUUUUAAUAAAUAAAUAAA